AUGGUGAAAAUUGAGUCAGGUGAAUACGUAAAAGCUCACGCGGAGAAGACUUCGUCACUGCGAUUAGAAGACCUGUCAGACUCCGAGAAGGGUGAGUUCCAGAUUCCUAAAACUUGGCUGAAGGAACAUGACACUGACCCAACAAUAGAUUGCCUGCGUAGUCUCCAUGCGACCAGCGGGGACUACGAAAGCCAGAGAAUUGGUAUUGAGAAGCCUGUCCCAGGGACGUGCCAAUGGUUCCUGCGUCACCCCAAAUUCGCCGACUGGGUUCAGAGCACAUCGUCUUCCCUUCUCUGGGUAACGGCAAAUCCUGGGUGUGGCAAAUCGGUGCUUUCCAGCUUCCUCGUGGACGCCCUGAGCCAGGACAAAAAUCAGUCCAUCGUAUGCUCCUUCUUCUUCAAGGCUGGCGUCGACAGUCGCCGAGACUCCCACCAGGCUCUAUGCGUCCUGCUUCAUCAGCUCUUCGUCGCCGCCCCGGAAUUGGUCAACGUAGCGAUGGAGGAUUAUUCUAGCAAGGACAAGUCGUCUUUCACCAAGGAUCUUGAAGCGCUCUGGGCGGUGUUUCGCACCUCUGCCAGCCGCCUCCACGGCCGCAAGAUCAUCUGCGUCGUCGAUGCCCUAGAUGAGUGCUCUGAUGAGUCCAGGAAUCGCUUCAUCAGCCAGCUCGUCGGGUCGUUCUCAACCAGCAACUCCGAGAAACCUGCCGGCAACCUCAAGUUCCUUGUGACAAGUCGGCCGUGGCCCAGCAUCGAGAGCCGCUUCCGGAACUUGCUUUCAAUCCGGUUACGAGGAGAGAAUGAAUCAUCGUCGCUGUCCAAAGACGUGGAAAGGGUUGUCGAGCAUCGUGUGCGGGAGCUCAAAAUGUCGUCCGCGCUCUCCGAGGAUGCUAGCACAAUGGUAACCAAAGCUCUGACCGAAGGGGCAGAUCGUACGUUCCUGUGGGUUUCACUGGUGUUUGACGCCAUUGAGCGACUUCAGUCGCGGAAACUCAGUUCCAUCGCAAAAUCAUUGGAUUCCUUACCCGACGAUCUUGACCAGCUUUACGAAAGCGCCUGGGCAGCCUUUAUCGACCACGAAGCCUCGCAUAAGUUGCUCGGAAUCAUCCUCGCUGCCAAUCGCCCUCUCAAGCUCGAAGAGAUCAAUAUCGCUCUCAGUUUAGGGGUGAAUAUCACUUCUUUAGAAGGUCUCGAGCAAGAGCUUGAGCCCGACGCAGAAUAUACAAUCAAGCAGCUGGGAGGAUUCUUCAUCCGAAUCAUUGACUCUACAGUAUUCCUCGUGCACCAAACUGCACGCGAAUUUCUGCUUGGCUCU